AUGGCGAAGCAUUGCAAGAUUUCUGUUGCCAUGGUAGCUGAUGAAGAAUCUGUGCAGAGGUCAUAUACACGGUCGUGCAUUCUCAAGGUAGAUGGAUACUCAAGAGCCAAGGCGCUACUCAAGAACGACGAGUACCUGACUUCUCCACCUUUCAGUGUUGGAGGCCACGACUGGGCCGUGACCUACUACCCAAAUGGUAGCGAGCUUUGUCCUGAUUACAUAUCUAUUUUUCUACAUCUUCGAUCCGCCCGUGCCGAAGAUGUGAAGGCGAAUUUCACGUUCAGUCUACUAGACGAGAACGGAGAACCGGUGCCUUCAUACACCCGUAACCAUGGUACACAUACAUUCUCAAGGAAAGCUCCAAACUGGGGCAACCAUAACCUGAUGAAGAAAGCCAAGCUGGAAAGAUCGGAGCAUCUCAGAGAUGAUUGUCUGACCAUCAGAUGUGAUGUCACCGUCAUGAAGGAGAUCCUCGGCGAAGAAGAAACAAGGGCUUCUCCACACGACUUGCACCAGCAUCUCGGUGAUCUCCUCAAGAGCAAAGAUGCAGCAGACCUAACAUUUCAAGUAGGCGGGGAGAUAUUCCCCGCUCAUAGGUGUGUCCUCGCCGCUCGGUCAUCUGUCUUCAAGGCGGAGCUCCUCGGCGCCAUGGAGGAGAGUUCCAGUAGUGCUAUCAAAAUAUAUGACAUGGAACCUGACGUGUUCAAGGCCUUGCUCCAUUUCAUAUACACCGACAAAGUUUCUCCUGUGAUUGAUGUGGCGAUGGCCAGUCAUCUACUCGUAGCGGCUGAUAGGUACAACAUCGGCAGCCUGAAGCAGAUCUGUGAGGAGAAACUGUGUUGUCAUAUUGAUUCAAACAUGGUGGCAACCAGUUUGGCUAUAGCUGAGCAGCAUGGUUUCCCUCGUCUCAAAGAAGCUUGUUUACUGUUCCUUGCUUCGCCACCCAAUUUGGAGGCGAUGAUGACAAGCAACGGUUAUGAGCAUCUUAAGUCCAGCUGCCCGUCUGUUCUCAAGGAGAUCAUAGCUCAAAUACUCCCGGCUGAAUGGAACGCAGCAAAGGAUAUUAUCAUGUCAAUUUAG